AAUUUUAAUAUUGAGAAAGAUGCAAUUAUAUAUAAUUAAUACUACUAUAAUUUUGUAACAGUGUAUGUAGAAAACUAAUUUUGUAUUUAAUUGUGGAUUGUAUAUUUUCAGCUGUAGCAAGUCUGACCACACUAUUUUUGUUACUUGUUUUGUUUACGUUUUCGUGAUCUUUGAAUCGCCACAAAUAUGUUGCAGAGAUUUCCGACACAGACGACGGUGGAAAAUCCCCGCUAUGGACAGCUAAUCAUUGGACCCCCUGGUUCCGGGAAAACCACCUAUUGCGCUGAGGCCUUUAAGUUCUACCGUGAACUUGGACGUCAAGUCGGCGUGGUGAAUCUGGACCCGGCGAAUGAGAACAUGUCCUAUGAACCGGUUCUCAGUGUGAUGGAAUUAAUCACGGUUGAGGAUUGCAUGGAACACUUAAAGCUAGGUCCCAAUGGAGCCCUGAUGCACUGCGCCGAGUAUCUGGCCGACCACUUGGAAGAUUGGCUUCUGCCGGCACUGCGAAAACUGGGAGCCACUCACAACUACUUCCUUUUUGAUUGUCCAGGGCAAAUUGAGCUCUAUACUCAUCAUUCUGCAAUGGCACGUGUUUUCGAACGUUUAGAACGAGAGCGUUAUAGCCUGGUUACCGUGAACCUCAUAGACUCGCAUUACUGCUCCGAGCCUUCAAAAUUCAUUGCCACCUUGCUAAUGGCAUUAAAUUCUAUGCUACGAAUGAGUCUACCUCAAGUAAAUGUCCUUUCCAAAGCCGAUCUGCUAAGGAAACAUGAGUCCAAACUCCAUUUCAAUGUAGACUACUACACAGACGUCCUGGACCUUAAGUAUUUGCUGGACAAACUGGACGAUGAUCCCGUCUUUCGAAAACACCGCAAACUAAAUGCUGCCAUCUGCUCCAUGGUGGAGGACUACGCUCUCGUUUCGUUUCAACUGCUGGACGCCUUCAGCACAGAUAGCAUGUUGCGUCUGCGAAACCACAUCGACAAAGCCAAUGGAUACGUCUACAAGGCCGGAGAGGAGCAGACGGUAAAUUCAUUGCUAGCAUGCGCCGUGGGUGCAGAAACUGAGGCCGCUCGUCAACAGCAUGAUAUUCAGCCUUAUGUGGAAUAGAAUUAGUGGGGAUGAUUAAAAUUAGUCUGUGAUAAGAUUCCCUGUACUGGAAAAUAAAGAUUUUGAUCGAAAAUAUA